GAGUGUUUUAUUUCAUGUAUUGCCGAGUUCCUAUUAGUGACUUUUACAGGAACGUUGAAGGAAAUGGAGCGUUUCCGGUCGGGGUGUUUUCGGGGAUGCACUGAGUUGUCCCAAGAAGUGUUCCGCGCAUGCGUGGGCUGACAGCUAGUUAGCAAGAUGGUGGCGACCAGGAGGGGCACGCGUGUGGCGCCUCAGGACGAGGGGAGCGCGGCGGAGCAGACACCAGAAAAAGUUAUUUCCCCAACUUCCCCGGUGCAGACCCGGAGAUCUCUUAGGAAAGAUGUACAGGCUUCUGAUAAUAGUACAGAUGAGGGCAAAUCUGUGGUAACGAGUAAAAGCCCUGUGAAAUCAAGUACACAGAUCACCACCAGAAGUAGGCAUAGAAGUGGACAGUCAGGCGCAGAUAUUUCUGAAGCAGAAUCUACUGCCUCCAAUUCUUCCACUAGAAGAACUCGCAGCAGGCCAAGCCUUGGAGAGGUAACAGACUCCACCAGAAAGCUGAGAAGUCUCCGGUCUGCUGUGAUCACUGAACCCAUUAUUGAAUCCAAGGAAAAUGCAGAGCUAUCAGAAGCAGAAUCAAAUUGCUCAUCAGUUUCUACCCGAGCCAGGAAAAAGCAACCUGGAACUGCCUCACGUUUGGCUUCUACUAGGAGUCAAAGGUCAGGUUUCGUUCCACAACCCACAUCUGAUGUUUCAGAUGCAGAAUCAACUUCUUGUCCUGUGUCGGGCACAAGAACCAUGGCCAUUAGGUCUACAAGGAGCUCCAGUGGAAGACAUCUGUCUCAAAAGGAAGACACCUCUCAGGCGGAGCAAACAUCCGAUGCUGAAUCCUGUAGUUCUGGAGUUUCUCUACAGCCUCUUGCUAGACGUUCGAGUAGGAGAAAGAAAUCGCAAUUACAUUCAGAUGAGGUUGAGCUCAUUGGUAAAAUGAGUAAAGAUGACACUCAAGGUCAAGAGAUUCUGAAGAUGCAGAUUCCUAAGAUAGAUGGUGAAAAAUCAGAAGCCCUGUCUUCCGCAGGAGAAGAAAAAGUUUUACCUUCCCCUCGUAGGAGUUUCCGAAAUAAACCAGCAAUUCCGAAAGACGAGGUUAUUGUUAUUGAUGAUGAUGAACCAGAAAGUAGUGUUAUAAACAAAGCUUUGGAUGUAGAACCUCUAGAAGUUGAUGAAACAUCUUCCGCUAAAGAAGUUGACUUGCCUCUGGAAACCAGUGCCAUGUCAUCAUUACAAUCCAGUGAAACUCAGCCAGAAGAAAAUCUCCCUGAUCAACUUCAACUUUCAGACAAUUUAAUGGAAGAAGAGCCAGCCUUAGAAAAAAGCCAGGUCUCAAAUGACAAAGAUGCUACAGAAGAAAGUAAUGGAGAUCUUCAGGGUGUGCAGGAAGGUGCAAAUGUGUCUUCAAGUAUGAAAUUACACUUGUUCCUUGAUAGUGAUCACAGCGAGAAGUCAGAACACGAUGAUGAUGAUGAUCAUAAGGAAGAGGAGAAUAAUAUUGAUGACGAGGAGGAGGACCAUGAACAAGUGGUGGAGAGACAGAAAUCUAUAAAGGCAUUAAAACAACCUCUGCAAAGUAAAAGAGGAGAUUCUCCUCGGGUGGACUCCAAUAAAAAGUAUUUACUAGAAUCUGAAGAUGAGAGUGAAAAUGAGAACAUACCCGGGCCAAGUGAUGAUAAUAAUGAUCAUAAGGAAGAGGAGAAUAAUAUUGAUGAAGAGGAGGAGGACCAUGAACAAGUGGUGGAGAGACAGAUAUCUAAAAAAGCAUUAAAACAACCUCUGCAAAGUAAAGGAGGUGAUUCUCCCGGGGUAGACUCCAAUAAAAAGUAUUUACUUGAAUCUGAAGAUGAGAGUGAAAAUGAGAACAUACCCGGGCCAAGUGAUGAUGAUGAUGAUGAUGAUUUUAUUGAUGAUGAAUUUGAAAACAAUAUGGAGGAGGAAAACUAUGAACAAGUUGUAGAGAAACGAAAAUCCAAAAAAGCCUCAACUCAGCAGCUUCAUGAUGCACUGGGAGAUGGGCUGUUUGUAAUAGAUACAGCUCCUGGGGUGGACCCCGGUAAGAAGUAUUUCCUGGAACCCAAGGGAGGUGAAAAAGAAGAUAAGGAGGUGGGUGAAAAAGGGGAAAUGUCCAGCCCAGAGGAUGAUGAAGAUGAUGAUGAUGAUGAUGAUUUUAUUGAUAAAGAUGAGGAUGAGGAUGAAGAGGAAACUUUAUUGAACAGACCUAAAAGUGGCUUAACGCUGUCAACCAGUAUAGACACAGGAAUCAGCCUAAAAGAGAUGGGAGGUCUAUACAUCAACUUUGAUGCGGAGAAGCCAAACCCGGGUCCGAGUCUUCUUAACAAAAUGAAGAAGGAAAGUAAAAAGAAAGACGAGCUGCUUCAGAAAAGUGUCAUAACGCCUGACUAUGAGAAGAAAGAAAGUGUCCCGCCAUAUAUGGAAUCUCAGCGUAAACUUAAAAAAUCACGGAAGGAGGAAAGGGAUAAAACAACAGGAAGGGGAUGGUUUGACAUGAAGGCUCCAGAACUGACUGAAGAAUUGAAGAAUGAUCUGAAGGCUUUGAAAAUGAGAUCUGCUAUGGACCCAAAACAUUUUUAUAAAAAGAAUGAUCGUGAUGGCUUUCCAAAGUAUUUUGAGGUUGCUACAGUUGUGGACGACCCCAGAGAUUUCUACCAUUCCCGAGUUCCCAAGAAUCAGAGAAAGAGGACAAUUGUGGAGGAACUACUUUCAGAUUCUGAAUUCAGGAGAUAUAAUAAAAAGAAGUUCAAGGAGAUCAUUGUAGAAAAGGCUGCUCGUGCAGAAGGCAAAAAGAACCGAAAAAAGAAAAAAUUUCGGACAUAACUUGCACAUGGAAAAGUGUUGUCUUAUUUCUUUGUUACUGUUGCUCAUGCCCGGCAGUAAGAAACUUACAUCAUAUACCGAACUUGAAGACUGUAAGGAGAAACUUGUACUUCACAAGCUUUAUUGUGAAACGAAACGUAUAUCGAGCCUAAUUUUAGUUAGGUCUGCUAUAUAGGUUUGUAAAAAUAAAAAAUAAAUCCUAUUUUUUACAUAUCGAAGAUCAAAAGCCUCAAAAGGUAAAGCCAAAUUUACACCUUAAGGGUCUAUUCACACAUCCGCAAUUUCGUUCCGCAUUUUGCGGACCCAUUCACUUCUAUGGGGUAGCACGACGUGCUGCCCAGAUCCGCACUUCCGGGUCCACAAUUCCGAUCCCUAAAAA